AUGAAACGUCAUAGAACAGUCAGCAGCAGUGACAGUUCAGACGAGAGUCCUUCCACUUCCUUUACUUCUGGCUCAAUGUAUAGGAGCAAGUCAAGAAUUCCAAAUGAACACAAGAAGCCUGCUGAGGUAUUCCGGAAGGACCUCAUCAGUGCCAUGAAAAUUCCAGAUUCUCAUCACAUUAAUCCUGACAGCUAUUACCUCUUUGCGGAUACAUGGAAGGAAGAAUGGGAAAAGGGAGUCCAGGUACCAGCCAGUCCAGACACUAUUCCACAGCCUUCCCUCAGGAUUGUAGCCGAGAAGGUAAAGGAGGUUCUGUAUAUGCGGCCCCGGAAGUACAUCCACUGCUCCAGCUCAGAAACCACAGAACCCGGCUACAUCAACAUCAUGGAGUUGGCAGCAUCUGUGUGUCGCUAUGACCUAGACGACAUGGACAUCUUCUGGCUCCAGGAACUCAAUGAAGAUCUCGCAGAAAUGGGUUAUGGGCCAGUUGAUGAGAAUCUUAUGGAAAAGACAGUAGAAGUCCUGGAACGCCAUUGCCAUGAAAAUAUGAACCAUGCUAUUGAGACAGAGGAAGGGCUAGGCAUAGAGUAUGAUGAAGAUGUGAUCUGUGAUGUGUGCCGGUCUCCAGACAGUGAAGAAGGGAAUGAUAUGGUGUUCUGUGAUAAGUGUAACGUCUGUGUGCAUCAGGCCUGCUACGGCAUCCUCAAGGUCCCAGAAGGCAGCUGGCUGUGUCGUUCCUGCGUCCUGGGCAUUCAUCCGCAAUGUCUGUUAUGUCCAAAGAGAGGGGGGGCCAUGAAAACUACCAGGACAGGGACUAAAUGGGCUCACGUCAGCUGUGCCCUGUGGAUUCCAGAGGUCAGCAUUGCUUGUCCUGAGAGGAUGGAACCAAUCACAAAGGUCUCCCACAUCCCACCCAGUCGAUGGGCCUUAGUCUGCAACCUGUGCAAGUUGAAGACAGGGGCUUGUAUUCAGAUAGGUUUGAGAGUCACUCUCACAGACACAUUUGUUGUAUAUGGUAGUACAAGUAGAGUUUUCAGAGAUGUCUGGGGUACCGGAAUACAGCUGCACGAAGCGGAAGCAGCUGCUGGUGCCCCCAACAGCGACAGUGGGGGGGAUG